AUGACAAGAAACAAUUCAGAAAAGGAGGGUCCAUUUGCAUUGAACCUAGAAUCUACAUUGGAUGAUAUACUCCAAUCGAAUAGAGAAUGGUCACAACAGAUGAAUGAAAGAGCACCUGAUUUAUUUGACAAAUAUAGUUCCAAAGGACAAGAACCACAUACAUUAUUAAUAUGUUGUUCAGACUCGAGAUAUAAUGAAAAUUGUUUAAAUGUGUUACCUGGAGAAGUGUUAACAAUGAAAACAAUUGCUAAUAUAUGUAAUGAAGAUUUAUCAUUUUUAGCGACAAUUGAGUUUGCUGUUAAAGCAUUAAAGGUAUCUAGAAUAAUACUAAUGGGUCAUACAGAUUGUGGAGGUAUAAAAACAAGUAUGGACGAUCAUUGUAAAGGGUAUUCUUCUAAUGGUUGCGGGUAUCUAUAUGAAUAUUUAACAGAGAUUAGAGAGUUGAUAGAAGAGAAAGAAAAAACCGAUGUAAUCUUUAAAAAGCAAACAGACAUGGCAGAAAAGGCAAGGUAUCUGUCAAUUGAGCAUAUAUUGAGACAAGUUAAAAAGAUUGAAUCCAAUAAAAUAGUCCAAGAGGCCAUGAAAGGGUCUAAUUUAAAAGUCUAUGGAUUAUUGUACAAUGUAGAGACAGGUCUAUUAGACAAUUGCAUUGAUCAAUGA